AUGGUUGAAAGUAAACAAGGCAAGAUACCAAGUGAGAACACUUUAGAUGAAAAGUGGGAUCAUUGUUUAUCUAAUUUAUUAGUAAAGACAGGAAUUGGGUUAGGUGUUGGUAUAGUCGCUUCAGCAUUAAUAUUUAGAAAAAAAUCAUGGCCAAUUACAUUAUCAACAGGAUUUGGAGCAGGAGUAGCUUAUGCUGAAUGUCAAAGAAUCUUUAAUCCAAUUGCUUUACCUGAACAAAUUAUUCGUGAUAGACUUGCAGUCGAAGAGCGUAGUCUUCGUCGAGUAGUUAAAAAACAUGCAUUGUUGAUGAAUUCAUUAGAACAAGGAAAUUUAAAAGAAGUUCAACAAUUAUAUAAUGAUUUUAUUGUAGACUUUACUUCAUAUGAAUUAACAUUAACCCGUUUUCAAGCAAUUCAUAAUGUAAAUAUCCAAGAAACUCAACAUUGGUUAAUGGAAGCUCGUAGGAUUGAGCAAGAAAUCGAGGCCACAAAAAAAGUUAUCGAGAAUUUAGAAAAAGAAUUGAAAGAAGAAGAAGAAAUACGUAGAAAUAAAAUACAGUAUGAUGCUUUGGCAAUGGAAAUCAAUCAACAUAAAUCAAGAGAAGAAUCAACAAAUGGUAUUUUAGAAAAACGUAGUAAUCAAUUAGAAAAGGUUUUAUUGGUUGUUAAUGAAAUUCAAACAGAAAUACAAAAUGACAAAGAACAGUAUGAACAAAUACUUGAAGAUAAUGAUGAACAUGUCAAUACACCAUCUUCUGUUAGAAGUGAAUUUAUUUCGCCAGUUGAAAAUAAUUCACCAAAUUUAUCACCUCAACAAUUGUUGAAUGAUAUAAAUGACAUAUCAUCAUCAAACUUAAUACAAAACGAUGUUAAUAUCAUACUAAGCUCCCACACAUUAGGUGAUAAAAAUAAUGAAAAAAUGGAUGAAGAUGAUGUAGCUGCUACCGAUGAAAUUGGAAUGGAUGAAGAUGAUGUAGCUGCUGCUGAUGAAAUUGAAAGCAGUGAGGAUGACAGUAAUGAAAUAGUAGAAGAUGUAAUAGAUUCUAAUUUUACUGUAAAAAGGAAAAAGGAAACUUUUUCAGGUGAUGAAGAGGAAGAGGAUGAGAGAAUGAAGAAAAUGAGGGAGGAGGAGGUUCAAUAG